ACAAAAGUCCGCGUGCAUUUUAUUGUGAAAGGUUCAAGGUCUAUUUCCGUUGUUGUCGGUGUCUUGACGCCGGUCCUCCGGUGCCUGUCUGUCACUCAGUCACAGCGGCGUUUGUGUCGCUUCGUGUGAGACUCACACGAACUCGAACCUUUCGGGAUGGACCAGAAGACAACAGAACCGGAGCCGCCUCACCUCCGUAACGACCUUAACCCGGUGUCCCUUUACGGGGUGUUCACAGCCAGCGGUAACAGAAAAGUGCGCUGUGCGGUGGUGCUGACGGACCGGGAGCUGACGGUCCAGAGGCUGACGUCGAGACCUUUCAGGCGGAAUAAGUUGGUGCUGAGCCUGAAGGACUGCGUGGGCAGCCGGGCUUACCGGAGAGAUGACGGCGCCGACCCGGCAGCCUACUUUUCUGUCUACUUCUACCCGCUGAAGAAGCGUUGGGUGAAAGCCGGCGUCGCGCGCCAGAGGGUGGAGCAGUGCUUUCGGGUCGCCACCGUGCAGGACGCGCGCGCCAACCUGGAGGAGGCCGAGAAGUGGGCACGCGCUGUCCGGGAGCGAUGCGCACGUCAGCGGUACCUGAGAGAAGGAGUGUUGCUGAGUGAAUUGUGUCGUCCGUGCCGGGUGAUGCUGCUGGUGAACCCACAGAGUGGGAGCAGACAGGCGCUGGCGCUCUACAACAACCAAAUCCAACAAAUGCUCAGCGAGGCCGAGAUCCAACACACACUGUUCAUCACAGAGCGACAUAACCAUGCGAGAGAGCUGGCGAGGGAGGCCGAUCUAUCGCUGUGGGACGCUUUGGUCAUCGUCUCUGGAGACGGACUUUUGUUUGAGGUGAUAAAUGGUCUGCUGGAGAGACCAGACUGGGAGGAGGCCAUACGGACCCCACUGGCGAUUCUGCCUGGAGGCUCAGGAAACGCUUUGGCUGCAUCUAUCCAUCACUACUCUGGAGCCAUGCCGGUGUCCAGUGAGGAGCUACUGAUUAGCUGUGGUUUCCUGCUGUGUAAAAGGCUUGUGUCCCAUAUGGACCUUGUUUCCAUCCACCUUUCCUCCAACCCUCGCCUAUUCUCCUUCCUGUCACUAGCCUGGGGGUUUGUAGCAGAUGUGGAUAUAGAAAGUGAGACGUACCGUAAUCUCGGAGCUGUAAGAUUCACCAUGGGUACACUGGUGAGGCUGGCUUUUCUCCGUGUCUAUAAAGGUAAAUUGUGGUACCUGCCAGCCAGGAAGGACUACAAAGAAGAAGAGGGCCUGAGAAAUGACAUGAAACUGCACAGCAACAACCAGACUCGAUCUGUGAUCCAACUGUCCUCAGAGUCUUCUUGGCAAACUGCUGUGCAGAACACCUUCCACAACUCCUGCCACUCAAACAACUCCGUCACAGGGAAGCGGACAGAGAGCAUUCCCUCUCAAAGCAUCACCAAAGCAUUCACCGGCCCACCUGACUCCCUGCUGUUACCUCUAGACCAACAACUCUCCAGCGACUGGGUAGAGGUCCAGGAGGAAAACUUUGUCCUCAUGCUGGCCAUAUACCAGUCCCACCUGUCGGAGGACCUGCUGGCAGCACCAGACUCUGCCCUAGAUGAUGGUGUCAUCCAUCUGAUGUAUGUUACAGCAGGAAUAUCACGCUUUGAACUGUUCAGGCUGUUCAUGGCUAUGGAGAACGGGGCACACCUUACUUCUAGUUGCCAAUAUUUGGUGUACACGAAGGUCCGGGCACUCAGGCUGGAGCCAUAUUCACGCAAUGGGGUAAUCACCGUAGAUGGGGAGAUUGUGGAAUAUGGACCAGUGCAAGCAGAGGUACACAGAGGCCUAGCAAGAUUAAUCACUGGAUGAAGCAAACAUACCUCUGAAGCCAUUUUGGGCAACUGUUAGCUGCUCUGCUGUAAAGUUAAAGCCGGCCCUGGCUGGCCAGGCAGACUCAGACUUAUUUUAGAAAAUUGACAGAAUCAAAAGAAAGUUUUCUAAAAGUGUGAGUGAGUGUGAAAACCUAGAUUCAUUAGAAAAUGCUGUGAUAGAAGUCAGGUUGUUGCAAGAAAUAAGUGCCAUGGCUGUAUAUUGAGGUAGAAACACAGUACUCAACAGAUUAUUGAUGCAUAGAGAAUGUUGCGUCUUUGUGCUGCAUCUGUCAUAGCAAUAUGAAUUAGAGCAUUACACUGUAGUACUGUUGUUGACCAUACGCAGGAUUCUGAUAGUUAUUUAUUACUCAACCAAGCCGGUUUGAGUUUUCAGACUGGUUUUUGGUUUGUUGUCAGGUGUGAAGUUGUGAACACAUUUUUUGCACAAUUUGAUAAAAAUGCUGCCGAAUGUGCAAUAGAAACCAUUUGUUUUGGGGUUGGAGCUGCAAAGGGGAGAUUUAGAAUGGAAAAAUGUAAGCUUUGUUGUUGUUUUUAAGGUAAGAUGGUGCAAGUGAGUUCUUUGAAAGGUUUGGCCUGUCUUUGAACACAUUCCAUCAAGUCAAGGAGCAUGCGCUGGUGGUGCUCCCUGUUUCCACCUCCUAGACCUAGAACUUCCCCAGAUCCCUACUGGCAUCCGCCCAGGCAGAACAGCCAUUUGUCUGCUUGUAGCCACAUUGUGUGUGUGUGUGUGUGUGUGUGUGUGUGUGUGUGUGUGUGUGUGUGUGUGUGUGUGUGUAUAAAUAUAUAUGCCACUCAUGAUAUCCAGGAACAUCUUGGGGAUACACCAGUGUCCCUGAGAUUAAACACCUUCUUCUUUAAACAUAUGUAAAUCCUCUGCAGCCCUUGACAACCUUCAGUGUGUUUUCAUGGAAGAAGUCCAACACUGUAUUAGGAUCGUUAGUCAUGUGCAUAUCAGUAGGUCCUCCUCCCAGACAGCAUGGGAACUCCUGAAAAACAGUUUCCUCUUGAAGUUUAAUUCUGGGAUCCCAAGCAGCUGAUGGUUGCCUUGUGUUCAGGUUUUAGCGAAGCAGUAAACUGGGUAUUACUAUCACACCUGCAGUUCUGUAGGAGUCUCCAAAAUCUACCUACAAUAACUUGUACAAUCUCCUUAGCUACACUAUAACUGUUGGACGAUUAUGUCCUGUAGUGUGACAUUUAGCAUUGGAUGCUGAAGCCACUUUCACUGCAAUCACCAGAUUAAUGAAAAUUGAACCGGUACUGUCGGUGCCCAUGGUUAUAGUGGAAUCACCCGUAACCGUGAUGCAUCCCCAUGGAACAAUAAUCAGUCACUGACUGAAGCUGUGGUUCAAAAGCCUCCCUCAGUGACCUAUUACUGUCUGACGCCUGCGUCUGAGACUACAGACAAGACACAAAGACAAUACCAAAGUGUCACUGUCACUCCUUUGACAGGCUGCUCAGCGGAUCAGUCAGACCUAAAAUAAGUACCUGCACCUGGCUGCUUUCAGUUCUGCUGCCACUGCGGUGCAGAGGCUUCUACACGUCCUCAGCCGCAGUGGAAUAUGGUCACUUCAAUUAAAAAGACACCAACAUUCCACUUGUCCACCUGAAUGGGUGGAGACUGGGUGGGAUCUGAGGACUGCUGUUCAGUAAAUCAGCACCAUAACAAUCACCAUCCCUGAGAGACAGGGAUGGUGUUUUUUUUAUUUAAUCAUUACAAGCCUAAGUCUUAGCCAACUGUCUUUUGAUAGAUGCCAUUUCAUUUUGUAGUGGCUCUGCAAAAGGGGACCUUGAAAGUGUAAGACUAACACUGUAGUAUGGACACUUUGAACCUUGGUGGAGAUAUUUACUCAGUGUCCUCCUGGUUGCAGGAAAACUUCAAUUAUACCAGUAAUAUUAAAGCGUUGUUAGUAAACAAGACUCUGGGUGUCCAGAUCACCUUUGGUAGUUGCUUUUUUAAAAAUUAAAGAUUUACACCGAACGUGGCAUUACAAAAACACACUGUAUUUUUACAUUAGCAAAUAUAAUAAUAAUACAACAACCAAGACUCAGAGGCUUGAUUGAUAAUGUUUUAAUCAUAACAUUGCAAAUCCUGUUCACACUGUCCAAGAUCGGAGGAAUAAUUUUCUGCUUUUCUUUCUUUAGUUUGGGUUAAUCUUGAUCUAUGGCCCUGCCGUGAUGUGCAUCAUAAAAGCAUUUUAAAGUGGCUUGACUGUGCAUUUAUGGUCAUGAAAUUUUAAUUUCAUAAUUUUGAGAGGGUUGUUUGCUGCCUCCUAAUGGUCUUCUGUAGACCAUGACAUUUGGUCGCCCUGAGUGAUGAUGGCCACAGGCGGCCUCAUGAAGCACUUGCUGUUUUUUGCUGAAGCCACUAGAUGUGUUUUCAAGGAAGGGAUCAAAGCACAUUGUGCUUUGGUUUGCGUUGAGCUCCCCCUCCCCCCCCCCCCUUUUUUUUUAAGGAAAAAGGUCACAUCUAGUGAAAGCAGAAAAACAGCAAAUGUUUGAGGCCUCCUUGUGCCAUCACUAACCCUUAAUACUUGUAGUUGCUUAAGGCCCUCAUUGGAGGGAAUGAAAUGAUUCAACUCAUGUUACAAUUAACAAAAAGUUUAAAUGUUUUUGUGUAAUCAGUUCAGAAAUCCUGAGUGAUGCCUUCAGUUGUCAUACUUUAUUAUAAUGUGGUUUUCUGUCAUCUCAUAUGGAUCGUGUGACUGCAGUGACCAGAAUUUAAUGACAUGAGGUCUGAGUGAUCAACAGUUGUGACUGAGAACAUCGGCGCCAUCCACUCUCCCAUGAUGCACUACUGAGCAAUAGGUCUGUUGCAGUACUUCCUCUUUUUGCAAUAGCACACAUCGUUAUCCUCCGUAAAAUGCUGGGAAUAGUUGUAGUUUUUUUCUUUUUCUGAUGAUUUCUUGGUUUUUUUGCAUUUGUCAUGUUUCCAUUGAGUAUGUUUUUUGACUGACAGCCUUAAAGCCUUGUCUGAUCUAUAUGGUAGAAUGUAAACUGGUGUGUGAAUUCCAACCUGUCAGGCUUUUAGAUCCGCUACGUCGGACGUGCACUUUGCUUUACACAGUCGGAGCUUUUUUUUUCCUUAUUACUGUGAAUAACUGGCUGCACGAGCCGCCAGAGAACUGACAGAAACGCUGGACCAAAUAAUCUCCCAACAGCCGCUGAAGAUGACAGAUUGAUACGCGUUAAAGGAGUCGAGCGGCAGAGCUGUCAGCUAUGUUAGACCACAUUGGUUAACUGAUGGGUUUGAGAACCUCGAGUUGGUCCACAGCUGUGUCUGCUGUUCCUUGUUUCCUGCUUUCAUCCAUCACUUGCUGCUGUGAGCACUGAGGUUCUCUGCAGAGCGCCUGCAGGCCUACGUGUCCCGACCUUAGCAAACACUGCAAGUGUUCCCCAGCACACGCUCAUUGAAAAGGGUCACCAACGUGUCCUUAAGCAUUAAUCUGAAGAGGUUUUUGUGUGGAAUAUGAAGAGGAAUGACAAAUGUGUUAGCUGAAGUGAACUGAUGCCUUAAAAGGAGGAGGGUGUAGGGAGUCCAAUCUGGUGGAACAGCACAUUGUCUGGUGUUGGAAGUAGGGGGUUGGUGGGAGGUAUUGACUUGUUAAACAUUGCAUGAGGGUGUGGUCACAGUUUUUACGAGAGGACACCAUUAUUCUUCCUCCUCACCACAGGAGAUCAUUUGGCAGCAUUAGCAAACCUGUUUUUUGUGCUCAAGGUGAACACGGAGAAGGUGCACAGUGUGAGAUCACGAGGGGCAGAAUGCACUGAGAACACCUCCAUGGACAAGUUGGUUUGACGAUCGAGAAGGUUGUGGUCGAGAAUGCUGUAACACUUGCUAUUCUGAUGUUUUUGCACAUUUUUGCAGUAAGUUGAGAUUGUUGCCAAAAUCAUUCUGAGGCCUUCACGUGCGGAAGUAUGUUUGCUACAGGUUUUCAGCUGAU